AUGCACGCUCUCCUUCCACAAGUACACACAAGAAGUUCAACAAUGGCGUCUCGUGGUGCCGGAAGCACCAACUCUCCUAUCCUCCUCCUCCUUCUCCUGGCAGUCUUCGCCGCCGGAGCCAGCGCCACAACAGUAACCAUCACCAACCGCUGCUCCUACACGGUGUGGCCGGCCGUCGUCCCCGCUGGCCGCGGCGUCGAGCUCCGGCCAGGGAGCAGCUGGACCCUGGACGUUCCCGUCAUCACCGGCGCCACGAACAUAUGGGGCCGCACGGGCUGCUCCUUCGACAAGGGCGGCAGAGGGCACUGCCAGACCGGCGACUGCGGCGGGCUACAGUGCGCCUCCGGGAGUAGCAGUAAUCCGGCGGUGACCAAGGCCGAGUUCUCCGUGUACAACGGCAGCUACUACUACGGCAUCACGACUCUGAAGGGGUUCAACCUGCCGCUGGACUUUUCGUGCAGCUCCGGCGACGCGCUCCGGUGCCGGCAGGCCGGGUGCCAGGUCGCGUACCCGUACCAGAAGUACUACCAACACACGUGCGGCGCCAACGGGAGCCAGCUCCAAGUUGUCCUCUGCCCGUGAGAGGCGCAGAACGUACAUACGUACGUAUACGACCGCAUGUAUACGAAACAACGUCGUCCGUAUAGUAGGACAAGUCUCACCGCUGCUCGAUAUGUAUGCACGUA